AUGAACCUUGUCACAACCAUUAUUUGCAUCGCCGCAGCCCUUUGCAUCAUCCUCGCUAUUAUCUCCUUUUGACUCCCGCAAAUGAACCCAGACCACGAAAAACUUUCCCCCUACGAGUGCGGCUUCGACCCGCUGGGAAGUGCCCGACUACCUUUCUCACUCCGCUUCUUUCUAGUCGCUAUUCUUUUCCUUCUCUUCGACCUAGAGAUCGCCCUCCUCCUCCCCCUGCCCUGAGGGGAUCAAUUAAUAAAUCCACUAACUACAUUCCUUUGGGCCUCGGCUGUCUUAAUCCUUCUUACACUGGGGCUUAUCUAUGAAUGAAGCCAAGGAGGCCUCGAAUGGGCCGAAUAG